AUGAGUGGAGAUAGCUUUCUCACUUCAUCCUCACCAUCCCCACAUUCAUUACAACGGGCCUCAGGGAAGAGUCUUCUGCUUCGAAGUUAUAAGGACCCAAGGCGAACGCUCUCGUUGCUAGCCCGAACCCAUGAGACGGAUGACAAACCCAAGACGCGAACCCCCCCCCGAACGGCCCCAGUGCACUCCGGCACUAUGACACAGCCCUUUCUAGACUCGGACGAAGAGUCCUCGGGCAUGGGCCACCCUGUUGUGACACGUGGGGUUGGAACUGCGAACGGGGAGGCGGCCGUGACGCCAGCCUUGAAACCUGUCCCUGUUACAGACCCCAGGUACCCCGUGUGUGCAUUGGCGGAACCUCGUCCAAUGGGCAUCACUGAGGUUUCACAUGGUAAUGAGAACCCCACUAGGCCGCGGCCACUCGGUCAUGAUCGGCUCAAGCUACACAUUCCGUAUCCAGCGCGGGAUAAUGGUAAGGAGACCAAAAACCCGGUAGCAAUUGGAUGGUGGGGUCGAUUUUUAGAGGUGGAUCUCAAUGGAUGUUUUCAACAUCGCUUCGAAUCGACCCUGCGAUCGCUCGACCGGCACUCAGCGGGGGUGUUCUACGAGGCAAUGGUCAAGGCCUUCGAGAAGUUGUGGCGGGAGCACUGGGAUGUAUUGAUCCUCUCCCAGGGUCCCUCCUUCGGUGCUUCUCAGGAGAUCAAAAACUCAACAGGGAGAGGGCGCCCGCGGAAGUUAAGCUCACGGCAAACCAAGUCACAGAAGGAAGACAACAGCACGCAGAGGCUGCACUUCACUUGCGCGGGGUUAGAGUGGUGGUAUGAAUCGGUGCGAGUUGCACGACUGAUGGCAGAGGAUCUUUUGCGCGCUGGCAAGGCUGCUGACAAAUCCAACGCACAGGGAGGGGAGCUGGGCUGUGAACCGCUGCAGCGGCCGUGGGUCUUUGAAGAAGGAUGCCAAACUGCGUUUGUCGCGAUUACCCAGAUUCCCGUCGAUAAUGGGAGCAUGAAUUUAAACAGAUGGGUCCGCAAGAAUGCUGAGAAUGGGCUUGUAAAGCUUUAUGAGAGAGCGGACAGUCACAUGGAAGUACCUUUGGGGCAAGAAAUUAAAAAGACCAAUGACAUGCACGUAGCUAUAGUUCCGAGCCCUGAGCGUAUGCUUCGGUUACUGCAUAUCUUAGAUGAGGCAUGGAUACAUCCGAACUCAAAGGCCUUCCGGUUACCUGUUCCAGAAUUAGAGGCACCUGGAUACUAUGGAAAGAUUAGUGAUGCGGCUAGUCUCUACAGUCUAUAUGCAGACGUCCUGCGUGGCGCGACAUUGGACAGCAUAAAACACGGCGAAGGAGACAAAAAGGGACAUUCAAGCAAUGAUGCUACUUUAAGGACGAGUGGCGAUGAAUUCAUAAAUUACAGGUCCUUGCGUGAACGGUUCACUAUCCUUCAAAAUAACUGCACUACCUACAAUGGUAUCUCCUCAGAGCUCGCAUGUUGCGCCGAACGGCUGGUUAACGCUGCCAGAAAGGCUAUUCGUGAUGCGCAGAGUGACGAGAAAGACACAGUCCUGCAAGAUACCUCUCCAUUGGUGGGGCGGCGUGGGGAGCAUCAACACCAGCCGCAUGCUAAGAAAGGAUCUUCAUGGACAGCUGAAGAACUGGAAGCGGCGUUUCCACCGAGCAAAAUGGCCAAGGAGUUUUUACUUGCCCAAAAAUGUGAUGAAACCGGACUCAAUCUCAACCACGGCACUGAGCCGUUUUCGAAAGUCGACGAGACUAGCAAGAGUCCUAGGGUUCUUCGUCUCAUACCUCAUUCACAGGAUAAUUUAAAUAUAAAAAAAAAUAAGAAAAAUAAUCCAGAUCACCGCACGAAAACUAAAGCGCAGAAGCUGAAGCCUCCGAAAGCUUCGAGUACAAGUGCGAAAAAGAAAGACACCAUCUUCUGGGUGUGCUGUGAUGAAUGCCGUACAUGGCGUAAGCUCCCCAAGCGUAUCGACCCUCCACCACACCACUGGGUAUGUUCCUAUAUGGGCCUCGAGUGUGAUGAAGCGUCUAAAGAACAGGUAGCCCCUUCAAAUCCAAAUGUAAAACGUCCGCGUAGACGACUUCCUCGUCUGAAGGACUUACCAAAGACAAAGAAGCGGCCGCGCGUCUCAAAGCGGUCUGAUCAUGACAGAAAACUCAAAGAAAGCUCUAAUAGCAGCAGCACCAGCAGCUCAGGGAGUGACACCGAUAAUGAUGAUACUGACGAGUCUGCGUCCUCAACCUCAACAAAUUACAUGUCCUCGGAGAAGCUGCAGGCGAUUGAAUCAGAGUUGGGAAGGCUAGAGAGAGAACCAGUAAACGAGGAUCCCCAUGGGCUUCUGAAACGACUCCGACUUCUGGAAAAGAAACUGGAUAUCUGA